AUGAUGAUUAAGCCAUACAUGAGACAAGGCGAGGGCGAGGAGGUUGCCAGCCCUCUGCAGUGGAUGGAUGGAGACAUGAGCUCACCUGAUGGAGAUGCAUCAUGCUCAUCACACCGCUACAGAGCAGGUGGAGCGACCCAACAGGACAGGGAGAUGGGGAGUGAGGAUGCAGAGGAAGAGGAGGAGGAUGAGGAGGGAGGACAGGAGGAUGAAAACGAGUCCAAACGACGUGGGCCCAAGAAAAAGCGUAUGACCAAGGCCCGACAAGAGAGAUUCCGUGCGAGGCGCGUGAAGGCUAAUGCCAGGGAGCGUUCACGUAUGCAUGGUCUAAAUGAUGCACUGGAGAACCUGCGCACCAUCAUGCCAUGUCACUCCAAAACACAGAAACUGUCCAAGAUCGAGACAUUACGGCUGGCCCGCAACUACAUCUGCGCUCUGUCCGAGGCCCUGGAGGGGGGCCUCUCCACAGAGAGCAGGGCUUUCAUGGAGACACUGUGUAAGGGCCUCUCACAGCCCACCACCAACCUGGUGGCUGGCUGCUUGCAGCUGGGACCAGCCUCCGGUGUCGGGAUGAGGCCUGAGGACAGACACAGAGUUCGGGCAGCACCUGCUCCUCUCAGUGGCGUGGUGAGCUACUCUUCUCCAGGACUGCCAAGUCCACCAUAUGGCACGUUUGAUUCUGCUCACCUGCUUCACCUGAGGGCGAUGAAAGGAGGUGUGUACGAGAAUCAUUCACCAAAUGAGUAUAACGCCGGUGGUGUGGGGACCCCUCCAUAUGACGGCCCCCCUACACCACCUCUCAGCAUCAGCAGUAACCUGGUGCCCAAACAGGAGCCUUCACCCCACUACCCACCAGCACACCACUACUCCCCCUCCCCUGUGGACCAGGGCCUGUAUCAGACUCAGACUGGCUAUGACGUACACUUAGAAGGGCCAUUUGACUCCUACCAUCCGCCGCACAUGCCCCCACGACAGAUAACCUCUGUCUACAGAGACUAAGAUACAUCAGGAGGAUCGAUUCUGCUUCAGCCAACAACGGGACUGAUCGUCUUCAUGAACACUAGCUGACACUGACUGAAGGAUCGGUCUCUCAGUAGACAGUCUGCUAGUAGAGGAAGUGUAGAAUAACGUGUUUGUUUAUAUGUGUGGUGCACUUAGACUAGCACUGCUGAACAUUGUUAAAAUUGGAAAAUAUUUGACUUAAACCAACACGUUUUCUUAAAAACUGAUUACCAAAUAACUGAAGGACCUCAAGGUAGAGCUUUGAUUCUCUGCCCGAGCCCAGUUGGGAAUAACCUGACCCGCUAGGUUCAGGUCGCACUAUAAUUUCUCAAAAUUCUUCUGGGCUUGAUUCAGGUCUGGUUCACAAGUUCUUGUUUCAAAUGUCUGUUACCACACUGAAAAGAUUUAAAUUGACUUUAGCUUGUGAUUAAUGUUUUAAAUUCAAGAAAAUUAUCAUUUUUCUUACAGUGUAAAUUUGUGUUUUUAA